AUGAUUCACCCCCCGCCGGCCUACGGUGGCCACCAUAUGAUGGGACAGUACGGCUACCCUCAGAUGCUCGACAUUUCUGAGACCGAUUCUGGCCCUGUGGCUUACCUGCAAUCGAACUUGCCGGUCCGGUACCACCCGCAGGCUCCGGAUGUUCAACAGUCAGAGCCCUGUCAGGCAUUGGCGUAUGUGAACGCUAUGCUACACACCAUCCCCCGCUCCGGGAAUGCAGUCCCUCUCGCGCCCCAGCCCGAGUAUUUGACCCCAAGUGGCACUGCCACAUACAGCCAGUAUUCGUCCUCCCAGAGCCUGGUAUUCGACCAAUCCCACCUGAAUCCUUACUGGGCAUGGGACAGCGCCAGCGCCAUCAGCGGACACACCAGCAACUCGAGCCGCCUCGAAAUAUGCUAUUCCUGCGGGGAACCAGUGAACUCGAGGCAGAUGCAGCGCCAUAUCCAAGACCGUCACCGGCAAGAAGGUGACCAGAAAUACGUUUGCAAAUGCGGCCACGAAGACCCAGCCCUGCGCAAAUGGAACUACACCCGGCACCUGGACAAUUGCAAGCGGAUGGACAGACCGGGCCAGGUUUUUACCUGCAGAUGCGGAGAUGCACUGAGUGAGCUGCCGGCUCACCUGGACCACAUCAAGGACUGCGGGAAGAAGAGGGCCGGGCGGCGCUCGAAGAGAGCUCCAACAGUCAACUGA